CUUGAAGUGAGUUGGGAGGAGAAGGGGACGGGACUGGGACUCCCAGACUCCAUUAGCUAUUCUGGCCAGGACAUAACUCGCUUAGCCAUCUGGGACUGAAGAUAGGGGACGCGGAGAGCGACUUGGGAGUCUGCGGCUGCUGGGUGUUUAGUGGCCGGAACCCUUCCCGACUUUCCUGCUUGCCGAGUGCCGGCUGAGAGUAGGGGAAUUAACACGGAAGGAGCUAUGGCUCUGGACGGGAUAAGGAUGCCAGAUGGCUGCUAUGCGGAUGGGACAUGGGAAUUGAGUGUCCAUGUGACAGAUCUGAACCGUGAUGUUACCCUGAGAGUUACCGGGGAGGUACAUAUUGGAGGGGUGAUGCUCAAGUUGGUGGAAAAACUUGAUGUGAAAAAAGAUUGGUCAGAUCAUGCCUUGUGGUGGGAAAAGAAAAGAACGUGGCUACUUAAGACUCAUUGGACCUUGGAUAAGUAUGGUAUUCAAGCUGAUGCUAAGCUUCAGUUCACACCUCAGCACAAAUUGCUUCGCCUACAGCUCCCAAACAUGAAGUAUGUGAAGGUGAAAGUGAAUUUCUCUGAUAGAGUGUUCAAAGCUGUUUCUGACAUCUGUAAGACUUUUAAUAUCAGACAUCCUGAAGAACUCUCUCUCUUAAAAAAGCCCAAAGAUCCAACAAAGAAAAAAAAGAAAAAACAAGAUGACCACUCUGAAGAUGAGGCACUUGAGUUAGAGGGACCACUAAUCACUCCUGGAUCAGGAAGCAUAUAUUCAAGCCCAGGACUUUAUAGUAAGACAAUGACUCCAACUUAUGAUGCUCAUGAUGGAAGUCCUUUGUCACCAACUUCAGCUUGGUUUGGUGAUAGUGCUUUAUCAGAAGGCAAUCCUGGUAUACUUGCUGUCAGUCAGCCAAUCACGUCACCGGAAAUCUUGGCCAAAAUGUUCAAACCACAAGCUCUUCUUGAUAAGGCAAAAAUAAAUCAAGGAUGGCUGGAUUCAUCAAGAUCUCUCAUGGAACAAGAUGUGAAGGAAAAUGAAGCCUUACUACUCCGGUUCAAAUAUUAUAGCUUUUUUGACUUGAAUCCAAAGUAUGAUGCAAUCAGGAUCAACCAACUUUAUGAGCAAUCCAAAUGGGCUAUUCUUCUAGAAGAAAUAGAAUGCACAGAAGAAGAAAUGAUGAUGUUUGCGGCCUUACAGUAUCAUAUCAAUAAGUUGUCAAUCAUGUCAUCAGAGAAUCAUUUGAAUAACAGUGAAAAAGAAGUUGAUGAAGUAGAUGCUGCCCUCUCCGACUUGGAGAUUACUUUGGAAGGGGGCAAAACAUCAACUAUUCUGGGAGACAUCACUUCCAUUCCUGAACUGGCUGAUUACAUUAAAGUUUUCAAGUAAGUAAAAUUGCUAUUUUUUGGAUGUGAAGUUACUCCAGAUGUAAAUAUUUCAGGUCAAAAAUUUAAUAUUAAGCUACUGAUUCCAGUUGCAGAGGGCAUGAAUGAAAUCUGGCUUCGUUGUGACAAUGAAAAACAGUAUGCACACUGGAUGGCAGCCUGCAGAUUAGCUUCCAAGGGCAAGACUAUGGCAGACAGUUCUUAUAACUUAGAAGUUCAGAAUAUUCUUUCAUUUCUGAAGAUGCAACAUUUGAAUCCAGAUCCUCAGCUAAUACCAGAGCAAGUCACAACUGAUAUUAAUCCUGAAUGUUUGGUGUCGCCUCGAUACUUAAAGAAGUACAGAAAUAAGCAGCCAGGCUAUAUAAGAGAUUUGAUCACAGCAAGAAUCCUGGAAGCUCAUCAAAAUGUAGCUCAGAUGAGUCUUAUUGAGGCCAAAAUGCGAUUUAUUCAAGCAUGGCAGUCUUUACCAGAAUUUGGCAUCACACACUUUAUUGCAAGGUUUCAAGGGGGCAAGAAAGAAGAGCUGAUUGGCAUUGCCUAUAAUAGACUUAUUAGGAUGGAUGCCAGUAAUGGAGAUGCAAUUAAGACAUGGCGAUUCAGCAACAUGAAACAGUGGAAUGUAAACUGGGAAAUUAAAAUGGUGACAGUAGAAUUUGCUGAUGAAGUGCGAUUAUCUUUCAUUUGUACUGAGGUGGAUUGUAAAGUAGUUCAUGAGUUCAUUGGAGGGUACAUAUUCCUCUCUACACGUGCCAAAGACCAAAAUGAAAGUUUAGAUGAAGAGAUGUUCUACAAACUUACAAGUGGUUGGGUGUGAGUUAAAUAUAUUGUAUAAUGAAACCGCAUACUUAUUAUCAAUAUUUAACUUUAAAAGCUGUUAUUUGAAAUAUGCUGCUUAAUAAAAUACGCUUGGAAUAUAUCAUCUUAUCAUGAAAAAGUUUUUUACCUUAUCUGAAGUUAAUACAUUCACUAAAAGACAUAUCUGUUAGUCUGCAGUUGUGAUAUAUAUGGACAAAAAACUCAAGGUGAUGAGCAUAUCAGGAAUUAAAUUUGAUUGAUUUAAGCUAGCCAUGUUGUAAGAAAUGCAAAACAUUUACUACAAUGCUGUCCGGGCUUAAAAUUAUAUGAAGACUAUUUAUCAUAUUUAACGCAUGUAUUUUAUUAUAUAUGUAAAUUUGACCUCAUGUUAAAAAGUAGCGUUGUUUUAGACUAUUUUGUUGCUACAUAAAUGCCCUGAAAUUUUUGAAGAAAUGUUUGAAAUUGAAGGAUGAUAAUGUUAACUCUGUUACACCUAUUUUAUCUCUUAACCUUUCCCAUUCUCUUGUGUUUAUGUUUUUGUUCUUAUACCAUAUUGUAUGAAAUCAUUUCAGUAUUCACCAGCAUAUUCACUAUCUGCUUAAAAUAUGCAAUUUACAUUACAAUAUGAAGUAAAGGUCUAUGAAGUAUGCAUUUUGUGUAACUAAUGUACAAACGCAAAUUUUAUAAAAUUGUACAGUUUUUUAAAACUAGUCUCACUGAUCAACUAGGGAAAAUGGCUUAGAUUUAAAGUAUCACCGUUAACUAUAUGCUUUUUUAAAAGUAUCUAUUUCAUAGAAACUAAUAAUACAAUGCAGUUUUUUAUCUCUGCUAAAUUAAGUAUGACUUCGUUAUAACUAAUAUGAUUAUGCCACAAUGUCCUUCAUGCUAAUGUCAGAACUUGGCAUUUUCUAGCCUGUUGUGCUCUUGUAGUUUGCAUUGGUACUUGUUAGAGAAUUUCUAACCCAUGUAAGCCAGAAAGGAGCUGAGGAGAAGUGAACCACCAGUAUUGUUCAACAUCCUCUUGUUUAAAAACUGUAUAAAUGCAUUUCGUUUUGAAUAAAAGUGAAAUCUUUCAUUUAAUAUUUGCAUUUUAUUUUAAAUAAAAGCAAAAUCUUUCAUUUAA